AUGGAAACGAGGGCCGGCGGAGGCCUCCCCAGCCACCAGGAAUCCGUUGAAAUUUGUCCCCAGGGAUUACUGGUGUUCGCAGGAUCUUCCGAACAGGAUUCCAACUUGGCCAAGCAGUUCUGGAUCGCUGCGUCACUGUAUCCUACUAAUGAAUCCCAGUUGGUGCUGCCCCGAGGUAGCAGCCAGCGCCUGCGGGUGGCCCGGCCCUCUAGGCGCCCUGGGCAUGAGAAAGUUUACCUCCAGCCUUUCUCCCUUGCGAAAAACAAGAAUACAGAUGUCACUUCUGAAACCAUAAAGAUUCAGGAAUCUGAGGAGAAAGAAAAGUAUCUUCAAAAGGCUAAAAGGAGAGAUGAGAUUCUACAACUCUUAAGAAAACAAAGAGAAGAAAGGAUCUCGAUUUCAGAGAAGUCAGACCGGGAUAUUACUACUCGGCCCCGCGCCCUGAACAAACCUCAGGAUCCCUGUGGAAAGCGCGUGGAGGGGGGGGGGCAGGCCGGGGAGCGCCGGGAACCGGCUCCCCUCCCCGGCUCGCUGCCCGGGCUGGCCGGGUCGGCCGCGCCGGGCGCGCUGGAGGAGGCGGUCGCUGGCGGGCCGGCGGCGGGGGGGCCCUGCCCUCCGUGA